UUCGAGGUUUUUUUCUCCUUUUAAAAAAAUACGCUUUGUUACGUCACUGUGAGAAAGGAAACGUGGCAUAGCGAAGUAGACGGCGAUUCGAAACACAUCUGUUUUGUCAGGAAGAGAAGUGCAAGAGAUUGUACUCUUUUUUUCUUCAGAUUUUUGACCAUAUAUCGGUUAACGAUGGAUUCGUCGAUAAACAACGGUUCUUUUGGCAAAUGGGAAAUGGUGAAAAAAAACAAGAAAGCUGGAAUGGCAGGGAAAAUGCAAAAUGUUAAGAAAGGAGACGGAGGACGGAAAGCUCUGACCGAGGCGAAUAUGCCCAAGCUGUACCCUUCGUCUCCUUUGAAAACAUCCCAAACAAUAUUUGAGAGAUUUGAGAAGAUUGGGAAGAAACAAAAUAAGGAACAAGUACCUCCAGCUUCUUCUUUUGAGCAACAGCAGAAGAAACGUAAUGCAGGAAAAAUGAACAAGAAACCUUACAGCAAUGAAAAUGGACAAAGAUCUGGUAAAUUCAGAUCUUUACAGGAAGCCUUCAAAGCUCUUGAUAUAGGUGAUCUUCAGCAACAACUUCAAAACAGCCAAAGAGUUUUCGCUGAAAACCCUUCUGUAUGGGUUAAGGACCUGGCUGGAUAUCUGAACAGCAAACUGCAAGCCCCUGAUAACGAUCCAGCUCUCAGCCAACACCCUUACGACUAUCCUUAUUGCCUUGCAAGUAAGGAUCUUAAGAAUAUUAUUAAGACUCUCCUGGGAAAAUCACCAAGUGUUGCAGAGGAGCUCUUUGAUCAUUGCAUCUACUCUAUGUUACGAGAGUAUGACAAGCCUAAUGGAGAAGCACUGUAUGGCUACAGGAUUUGUAUUCAGGCUUUGCUGAUGGAAAAGCCCAAAAUAGCAACUCUCAACUUGCCUGGCUAUCUAGAUCUUUUGAGAACCUAUCUGAACAAACCAACAAAAUGUCUUACCAUCAUGUGGGCUUUGGGACAAGCAGGAUUUACAGAUCUAAGUGAAGGUCUGAAAGUGUGGCUAGGCAUUAUGCUUCCAGUGUUGGGAACAAAAAUGCUUUCUCCAUAUUCUAUUGCUUACUUGGACAGACUUUUAAUGAUGCAUUCCAAUCUUACAAAAGGCUUUGGAAUUAUAGGACCAAAAGACUUCUUCCCCCUUCUGGACUUUGCUUUUAUGCCUGGAAAUGCACUUUCACCCAGUUUGCAGGAUCAGUUGCGACGACUAUAUCCAAGGCUCAAAGUUUUAGCAUUUGGUGCUAGCCCAGAAUCUUCACUUCAUACAUAUUUUCCUUCGUUCCUGUCAAGGGGAACUCCACACUGUCCGGAAGGAAUGAAAAAAGAGCUGAUGUGCAGCCUAACUGAAUGCUUGACCUUUGAUCCCCAAUGCUUCAGUGUUUGGAGACAGUUAUACACAAAGCAUCUUUCACAAUCAAGCAUUUUGUUGAAUCAUCUCUUGAAUUCUUGGGGAAGCCUUUCAGGAAAGGUUCGCAAAUCCCUCCAGGAAACUGUGCAGUCUUUCCAAGUUACAAAUGAAGAACUCAGCUUGUCUACUAAAUCAGACCAUGUGAAAGCCUGUUCUGCAGUGUGUACUAAUUUACAGCUAAAGAUGAAACGCCAGAGGUUCAACUGGUCUCGCCUGUUGCUGGUAGGACUGGUGUUUGCUGUUGGCUUUGUAAUACAUGACAUCAGAGCUCAAGGAUCAUUUAAUGGUUCAUCAGUUGCACAAGUUCUUCAGCAGUCUGGAAUGAUGUCCUUUUCUCAACAGGCAUACAAUAAAAUAUCUGUUUAUUCAAACAAAGGGUACAGUUGGCUGGAAACAAAUGCUCCCUAUUACUACUCAGAAAUGGUUAAAACAUUUGGGCCUACUCUAGAAAUGGCUUGGGAGAAGACGAUUGUUACAUCAGCAUACAUCACAGAAAAGUGUGCAGGCCAGAUUACUUGGAUCAAAGAAAAUGCUCCUAAAUUAAUCGAAUUGCUCAGUGCAAGCAUUCCAGAAUGUGUGGUGAACUUUAUUGAAUAUUUGAAAGUAUUACUUCUGUUCAUACACCAAAAUUACCUGCGGCCACUUAUGACAUAUGCUGUAACUUUGAUGGAUGAAAGCUGGCAGACAUUUGUUAAGUCCUGCAAUGGAGAAGUUUCCUGGCUGUGUGUCCAGAAUCAUUUAAUAAAUUUUACUGAUUCAAGCUGGAGUUACCUGCAGAACAGAAGCAUUGCCGUGAAAAACUGGGCACUUGACUUGAUAUCCAGGCAUUCAAGUGCUUAAGACACUGAAAAGGACAAUAUCAACUCUGCUGCAUUUUGUAAAGAUUCAGAGAAAUUUUCUUAAAAGGGGAGCGAGUGCUUUAAUUCCUUUGAAAUUCUAGGAGACCACAUAAUGUUUUAUAAUCUAAGACCACUUUUCUACUUUACAGUUCUUACAGGUGUUUUUUUUUCUUUUUCAUUUUCUUGUUUAAAAGUAUUACGAUAUGAAAAUGCAAAAAUCAGUGUUCUGUUUUAAGUAAUUGCCAAAGCAGGUAUCAUGAGUGAUUCAUUAUUGCCAUCUACUAAUGGCAGUAAAGAAAAAAAACAAAACUAAAAAAAUAUUGCACUACAGCUAUCCAGCUUUUCUGGCUGGGUGUUGAACUGAUCAUUCCUCACUAAUGGCCUCAUUUUAUUAUUUUGAGACUGCUGUAUUUGAAACUAAACACAGUGAAGUAGAUUUAGAAGUCAGUAGAGAGGUAAAAAACCACUUCUAAGAAGUCAAAUCAGUAUAAUUAGGGAAUUUAUAUAACAGAAAUCAUUAAAAAAAAUAGGGGGGAAAGAAAGAUUAUAAUAAUAAUUAAUAAGAUUAUGUAGUGUAUAAUGUAAUAAGAGCUAUUUAAACUAACUUGGACAAGACUAAAUAGAAAACUGUGAAGCUUGUUCUUAAGCUUUUUAACUAAAUUAAUGUAGCACUGAAACUUGGAAUGUAGAGGUUUUUUUGUUUGGGCAAGAAAUGCCAUUGACCCUGAGACAGCUAUUUUCAGCAGUUUGCCUUAGCUGAUACUGCCGAUGGUAAGAACACAUGUCUUGUUUUCCUGUAUAGAAAAAUGUGUUUGAAUUCAGUGAUCUGAGGUCUAGUGCUACACUGGCUUGUUUCGCUUGCAUUCUCUGAGACUCCGGUAUUGUCUUGAAGAUAGCUAACAAAAUAUCUUGUAAGUGGCAAUAAGGACAAGAACAUUAAGGACAUUACAUUUAGGAAGCUGAAAGCAAGCGCUGUUGUGCAUUUUCAUGCAGGGUUGCUUGAUGCCUUUUUGCCCAGAUUUCCUGUAUGUAGGCCACUGAAGGCAGGCAGUGUGUUGGUACCUCAUUCUGUACUUGUCUUUGCUUAUUUUCCAGCAUGCGUCAUACAAUGGAUUCAGGAUUUGCACAGGAAUUAUUUCAGCAAUUUAAAAUAACUCAGACUGAGUUUUCAUCUGUAACCCUAGGUGACAGCAAGUUCCCUUUUUUGAUUCUUCAAUAUGAAGAAAUCCAAAUGGUAUAUCGAAAAUAAUUGUGGAACUUGGAUGUUGAAAACUCAAAAGUGUGUGUAUCUGAAAAAAAGUGUCUUGCCCAGUUUUGAACUGUUGUCCAGUGUAUGUUUGUCAUUUUUAGGAGGUUCAUUCUGGAUUUGUGUUGAAUGAUCAUUUAGUACAGUUGUUUUUAACACCUUACCACAUAUAUUUUUAUUUAAUCUCUUACUGUGUACAUAUACUGUAUUUUGAAAUACUGGCUGUAUUGCUGCUUCAAACCAUCACCAGGUUGCCAAGGUAGAUGUAGAUUGUAAAUAUUUAACGUACACUAAAAAAAUGUAUAUUGAAACCAGCCAGUGAUUUUCAACAUUUGUUGAAUGAAGGCUGCUCCUUGAAGUUUAAAGUUGACAACAUAACACAAACCAACCCCUUCUCUAUACAUGGUGAAAAUGUUCAGAAAAAUCUCAAACUAAAUCUAAAACUCAGAAUUGCCCCACAUGAUGAGAUGAUCUCAUUUUCUUUGUGUGUGGCUGAUAUUUCAAAGAUCUACAUCUCCUUUGUGUAAAGGUUUUAAACAAAUGUGUGUUGCUGCCUUGGAUCCUGAUUCUGUCCAUAUGUGUGUUUGUUUUUAUUAAAAUAAAUAGACAUAUGGGUUAUGUGAUUGUGCAUUCCACAGAAAUCUGAACAUAAAAAUAGGCUGUAAACUAGAGAGCCUCCAUCAGCUUUGUUUUAACUUGGAAUAAAAUUUUUCCCUUGUGUGCUUGAA